UUUGUAAGCUAAUGUAAGGAAGAGGUUCGCUGCUCUUUGUUAGAUAAAAAACAAUAAAGAGAUACAUUAGAAAAAGGAAAAUUAAACAGAUACAGAUUUAAAAGAAAAUUAUAAGUUAAUAUAAAAGAACCGACGGGUUUUCACCUUUACGGUUUGAUGAUUUUCUAAGGCUUUGUGGACUCGCCGGCUUAUAGUUUAGGAAAUUAACUUUACCGAUCAAGUUAAAGUUGCAAUGUCGGUGCAAAGAGAAGUAAUAGAGCAGAUUGUGGAAGAAGAGGAGGACGAAAACGGUGAGGAAAACCUACAAACAGUAGGAAAUGCUGUAGGGGAGCCGCUGGGAGGUGAUGGAGAGGAGGUGCCAGCAGUUGAGGUGGAGGACGGUGAAGAGGCUGGAACUCAAGCUGAUUCACUGGAUGACAUGGCAAGGCUUCAAGAGCCACAGGAAAAAGAAAAUGUAGAAGCUGCUGUGGUGGAUCCGGUGGAAGAAAAUCAGAAUGACUCAGCUGAGAAGGCUGAGCAACUUAAAACAGAAAAUGCUGGAAAUUCAACAGCUACAGUGAAAGUGGUGCUGGUACCAGAGGGUCAUGUAAUGACUGUGGCUUUUGCCAUCGGGCUCAGCAUUCAGGAGCUGAAGCGCCACCUUGCUUCAGAGUUAAGAGUCCCUGUGGAGGUGCUGCAGCUCUCUCUGGAUGACAAAGUGGUGGAAGAGCACCAGAGCCUGAUGCAGCUUGGCAUCCGGCCUCACAGCUCCACCCGCAUGGAGAUGAGCUCCACCAACCCAGACUCCCACCCCCUCCGUCCUCUUCGUCCCCCACAACACAACAGUAUGCCGGAUGUUAUCACUGUCAGGGUCCAAACAGAUGAAGGGGUGUUCAAGGAGGUGGUGGUGGAGAUUGAACGCCCCAGCCAGCAAAAGACCUUCCUGGGUGGCUACAGGCACCGACUGACGGGUGCAGAGUACCAUCAUGCAGCUGUCCAGACCCUCCCAAAGAAGAGACCUGAUAGAGGUGUGGCUGUCUUCAGUCGAGAUUCUCAGACAGUAGAGCUGAAAUCCCAGGUUCAGCAGUGUCCAGUCAACGUCUCCACCCAGAUGACUGGCAUCGGCUGCUACGUCUCCUGUGUGAAUGACAAGCUGGUUAGCCCUGGGAAAUACAUUACUGCUGAUGAGUACCAUAACAGGAGAGUGAAAGCUGUGAUCUGCCUGCAGUCCUUUGCACGACGCUGGCUGGCCCAGCAGGCGGUGGACCAGCUGAGGAGAGAGCGAACUCGGCGACUGGCCUGGCUUGAGCUACAGGAGAAGAGGAGGCAAGAGGAGAAAGAGGAGCAGCUGAGGGACCGUCGCCAAAGGUGGAUGAACCCACAGAAGAAAGAGGACUUCAACCUGCUGUACAACGCGCUGGAGAAGUGGAGGAGUGAGGAGGAGCAACAGAUAAACUCAUCCCUACGAGGAGCUGAGAGGAAGAACGCUCUCUGCUCACUGCUAGAGGAGGAGGUGAAGCUCAUCGCCGCCAUAGGGCGCCAUCGCGUCACCAUGGAGACCAACAACUAUGACAAAGUUAUCCAGAACUUUCUAAACAAGUCUGCUGCACCUUAUCAGUGGCGAGGGGCCGAUGGUCGUCUGAUUGAGAUGGACACUCAGUUCAUCAUCAGAGCCAGAGAGCUUCGAGAUCUUUACAACAACAUCAGCCUGUUCACCGUCAACAAGGAGCAGAGAAUCCAUUUCCUUAUGACACUUAAACACACUGUCAUGGAGUGUGAGUGUCAGCUGACUCGGGAUAUCGUGGAUUUGAUUGACAGGGAGGUGGACCUGAUGACUCGAGGACUAAAGGCACGCAGUCUGGAGGGGCUGAGGCAGAGGAUCUGUACUCUGUUCCUUCAGUACAUCAAAACACCAGCAUUCAACCCUAAUGUGGCAAAGCUGCUGAAGGUUCCUCAGAACCCCAACCAGCUGAAGAAUGACAUGUUCCUCUGCCGCGGCUGUCAUCGUUACCUCCGCUCCGCCAGCUUCACUGCGUCUGCCAGCGGCUGUCUGAGCAGAAUGUGUAAGCACUGCACCAGACUCAACAACAUAGCUAGACCUCGAGAUGACUUUACUUUGUACAAAAACAUCCUGAGGAGACUGAGAGAUGAAGAGCAGUCACUAAACAACAAAGCAACGUUUCCCUUCCUGCUGCAGGUGGAGGACAUACAAUAUUUGAUAGAAGUAUUAUGGGAAUCUUGCUCAGCUCUCAAUGGCAGCAGUGACCUCUUCAACCUGGUGUUUGUUCGCUGGGAGCGUCAGAGGGACUGGAGCCCCUGGAACUGCAUCCUGCUUUCCAAAGAAGAGACUAAAGCUCACUUAGAGUUGGAGGACGUCCACCAGACAUAUGAGAAGACGUUUAUCCGUGGAGUGAAACACAAGCAUGCGAUGGCUCGUCAGCACUUCAGCCAGAUUCCUGUCAUGGCUAAGUGUCUGAAUUCUCAUCUGUCUGCUCCACAGGGCAACUAAUUUGUCUCAAAGCCCAUGGUGACCGACAGCUAUGACCCAGACGGCCGAGAUCUAUUAAAAACCCCUGUGCAUGUGUGUUUUGGUGGGUUUUUUGUUUGUUAUUGUUUCUUUCAAAGCUCAUGUAGUCUGUAACCUUUUGAAACACUGGGUGAAAUAUAAAGUAUAGCU